GCUUCCCUAUACCACACACACACACAGCACACCAGGGAGGAGAAUGCUUCAACAUUAGCAUCAAAAUGGCAAGUAACAGUGAGGCUGCCAGCAAAGGUAACAAUCUCCUGCAAACACCUGAACAGGAAAAUGGCUCAGAACAGAAGCAGGUGAAACAAAUUUCUCCUGGCCAUGUACGUAAACUUGGGCUGACGAGGAAACUGCGAGAUAGAAGGGAUUUGAAGGAAGAUGAAAAUCCAGAAGAAAAAGCACGAAAACACAGAGAGAUGGAGCUGAAGCCUCUGUAUAAAGAGCUGCUGUACACUAUCGCUCAUAAGAUGGGGAACUCAUCAUCUACCGAGGCCUUCACAGACAACCAGCUCCACCAGUACAUCAAGGAGGCUUUCACAAUGACGGAGGAAGAGCACCACAGUCUGAGUGAGCAAGUGCACAACACAGAGCCCCCAGUUUACUGCCUCAUGGCCACAGUAAAGGAGGCAACGGGAAUCCUGGGAAAAGACAUCUCUGGUUUCAGUGAUCCAUACUGCCUGCUGACCAUAAUGGAGGAUGAGGAGGAGAGACGAACACGCAAGUCCAGAUCCAAGCCGAGUAAAUCUGUGGUUAAGGACGCCGUAUCUGAUGACAAAAUCUACCAAACAGAUGUGAAGAAGCAGACCCUGAACCCCAUCUGGAAUCAGACUUUUGUACUGGAGUUUGAAGACAUCAUUGGUGCCAGCUUCCACCUGGAGAUGUGGGAUAAGGAUGAAGAGGUUUCACUUACUCAGAAACUUGAGGACAUUAAAACCAAUUUCAACAGCUUAAGAAGGAUGAUCAAGGAGGCCAAAAAGGAGAAAGGUACGGAUGACUUUCUGGGAAAUGUUGUCCUUAAACUACAGGAUCUUCACUGCACUGAGGACAACUGGUACACUCUAGAGCCUAGAACAGAGACAUAUCCUGAUCGCGGCCAGUGCCACCUGAAUCUCAAGUUCAUCCAUAAAUCAAGAGAUGGGACACUGAGUGCUGGUCGUAGUGCUUACAUCAACUACUGUGGGAUUCUGCAACAGUUUGUUCAGGCUUACAUCUCCAAGCAGCAGAGCUCCGCUCCGUGGACAGGGGCGCUGUGCGGCGAGGCUCAGACCCUGCUGGAGCUCUACGCCACGCAGAAUGACCUCUCACCUUUCCUUCAGGACCUGGCGAAGUGGGUGGCGUACAGUAAGCUGUAUCAGAGUUUAGAGGUGGACUCGUCGGUGUUGUUGCAGCAGCUAACCAGUAUAGAGUACCACUGGCAUCAGCAGGAGCUGCCAUAUCAACAGAAGCGGGAACUUGGAGACUCUCUUCAUGGUUUCCUGCAGUAUGGAUUGUGUCUGGUGGCCAAAUACAGAGACAUCUUCCCUCCAACCUCCAGUGCUACUCCAAAACUACACACGCUGCUCAGAAUCCUAGUCCAGAUCUGUAAAACUCAAGCUUUUCAAAAACUGAACCCAGCACACUUUGAGCUUCACGAUGAAGUCUGCGAAGUCAUACAGACAGGGACACAGGAGUGGUUCACCAUUAAGAAGGGUCUGCAUCAGCCCAUGACCAAGGACCUGUCAGAGAUUGUUGGCGCCCUCUCCAGGCUGAUUAGUGAAGUGCAAGAAGACAUAAAACACAACAAAGACGUGUGGAACAGAGUAUUUGUCAGUGCUGUUCAGGUGGAUGUCUUCACUGAAGUCUAUAAGAAGUUUGAUUCCCUGCUUGCAAAGGAGGUGAGGGAAACCACGUCCCUGAUCGAGGGUCAGAUGGAGCAGCCUCUCGCCAACAGCCUCUUCCCUGUUUACCUGAGCCUGCAGGCCAUCCAUAAAGACAAGGCGUUCCUACAGAAAAGGGGAUUACUUGAGCUGACAAACUUUCAGGAGGCCUUCAGGGAGGCUCUGCCUUACUGGCUGAACCAGGCAUUCAGCACCACCCAGGACCGGGUGGAGAGGGCUGUUCAGGUGGACCAGCUCCAGCCCUUGCAGUCUGGUGCUGUGCCCAUCAAACACAGUUCCUCAGCGGUAGACUUGGUGGCAUGUAUUCAGCCCAUCUGCCAGCUGUGGGAGCAGCUGUCCUGGCCGGACCCUGAGGAGGCCUUCAUGCUCAUGGUUAAACUCACUGAGGAUGUGUGUAAGAUUGUGGUGAACUACUGUUGCAUACUGAAGGAGAGGGUAAGGAUGCUGUCUGAGAAGUCAGACCCUGGCAGCGCCAUCAACAUGCUGUGUGUGGUGGUAAAUGACCUCGAGCACUUAAGGUCAGUGCUGACUCGACUGCCUACUCAGCUCAACUGGGCAGGACUCCGAGAUCGAACCCAAAAUGUCAUAGGAGAGAGCCAGUUCCACAACACUCUGCCCUCACAGCUUCAGCAAGCCCAGAGCUUCCUCGGCAAAGAGAUCCGCUCUGCUUUAGACACUCUCGGGAAGAAGUUAAACACAGACAUUGAAACUCAUGUUAGAAGCAUGGCAACCAGGCGGAGGAUUCCCUCCAAGUCUACAGAGGAUGCUGCAGCACCUCUGAUGCGCUACCUGGAGCAAGAGCUACAGUACAUGAAUGAAAACCUGGUUCAAGAGAACUUCAACAGUCUCUUGACUCCUUUGUGGAAUAACUCAGUGAAGAUCCUCUACCAGAUGGCUACCAAGCAUCCACAACAAGAGGGGCUCAUGGUGUACUGCCAGAGACUGCUGUAUACACUGCAGUGCUUUGAGCAGUGCUUCCAUGCUCACGGGAACGGGCUUCCUCUGACUACUCUCCACUCUGAUGAUUACAAGAUUCUUAAAGGUCACCUCACACACAACUCUCUGAGCAGCCAGCAGCUUGUGGAGAAGUUCUUUGAAAGAAAAAUAUGGGAGCAGAAUGUGUACAGUGGAGAGAAAUAUGGCGCCGUGACUCUCCUGACUUCAUACAGGAGAUCAGACCAGAGACUCAGAGUUGAGGUGCUGAAUGCAGUCAACCUCUUACCAAUGGACUCCAAUGGUUUAAGCGAUCCGUUUGUGCAGCUCUGUCUCGAACCUAGCCACAUUUUUCCUGAGGUGGAGCUUCGGAGCACUCAGAUCAAAAGCUGUGAUCUCAAUCCACUCUUCGAUGAGGCCUUUGAGUUUCUGGUGUCUCUGGACCAAUGCCAGACUUCAGGGGCCUGCCUGGUGGUGACCGUUCUAGACCAUGACAUCUUGAGGACUGAUGACUUUGAAGGGGAGGCCUUCCUGGCUCUUAAGGGCAUACCAGGAGUUGGUGGAGGAAAGGAAUCCGAUGGACUCAGUUCACAGCCAGAUACCAUCCCUGCACAGAUCCGACUGCCUCUGAUGCAUCCUAAACCCAACGACGACAACAUCCUGAGGCUACUGGAGUCCAGGAAAGGAGAGCGAGAGACUCAGGCUUUUGUAAAGAAGAGAAGACAGAGAGAGAAGCAGUCCCAGGAGGCGGCUCAACUGUAACAAACACACGGACAAUGUCUUCCUCCAAAAAUAUACAAUUUGUUUUAAUGAUCUGUACCAAAAACAAAGAAAAGUCCACUCAGAAAGAAACACUGUUGUUGUAUGCGCUGUGUGUGAACAGGAUGCUGAGCAUGGGUUUAUCAGACCAUCACAGUGAUCAUGAACAGUUUCACAUCUGUUUUAAACCUCAUACGUCUUUACACACCUGUCUGCUUCCUCAUGGUUCAUCUAAUCAGUGCAAGAGAUGAAUUUGACAUCACCUAACCAUGUCACGACACUGAAAUGUCAAAACCUACUACAACUGUAAAAAUUAUGGCAGAGAAACCUGUCACACAAUGAUUUAAAAUAUGGGUCUGUUAAACAAAAGUACAUUUGUGUUAACAUGAAAAGUAAAAAUAAAGAAAAUAUGUAAUUUUGAAGACUACACGAGUUAACUGAGUACAUUUGCUUUGAUUGUGUUAACAUGCUUUCCUCUUCCAGUUUAUGUAGAAGAAUAUUAGAGAAAACCUGAGAGCUUUAACAGAGGCCAUCUGUUGUAACUUAAAAAAAAAUUACUAAAUUUUAAAUACUUUCUCUUAUCAUUCAACAGUAAUUGAAAUUUUCAAUUUCUCUUGCUAAAAACUGGAUAUAAUCUAGACAAGUGCUACCAGCAGACUGGUAUGACGGCCCCCUUUGGGUUGGAGCCUGUAAGACCUGUAAUCUUGAUAGGAGAGCUCAUUAACCCCAGGGUUAAAGAGCGACUGUGUCAUUUAUCCAUCUGGAAAGUUUAGAGAUCGUUGUCUGUGUCCAGAAACCGUAGGCCAGUGACUCAUUUAAACACCUAUUUAAUGAGAGAAUUGUUUUACGUUCACCCCUAUUUUAUCAUGUCUACUUCAUCAGGUAUAGGUUGUUGAAGUCACAUGAUCCUAAUCGAAUGCUCCAUGGAGGGCAGGAAGUGGAGGACAGCCAUUAGGAAUGAAUGAGAACAGAAAAGUCAGCAUGUAAGAGCUUUAAAUGGAUUUUUACGCUGCAAUUUUCAUCAGAAGAUUUCUACAUACAUUGAGUACAGUCCAUACACUUAAAAAAAAAAAAAAGAGAUUUUUGCCACAGUUUAACCGAUAUACCUGGCGUGGAGGCAUUCAAUAUCACAGCUUACUUAAAGGUCACGCAUUUUACCCUUUUAAGACAACUUUAUAUUGGUCUCAGAAUUCCCCAAAACAUGUCUGUGAAGAUUGUUGCUGAAAAAAAAAAUUCCAGUAUUGGAUUUUUGCAUGUCUAAAAAGCCCUCUGUUUCA